CCUGCGCUCAGUCUCCCAAAUUCCCUCCAUACCUCCUCGAGCUCCUCUUUCUCCGCUUCUCCCCCCUUUCCCCCACGCCACUGCCAAGUAGGCCCACCAUGCACCAGCUGACUCCUCCUCCCCCCGCGUCGUCGACGUCGCUCGUGUCGCGGGCGCGCACGGCGAUCCACUCCGCCGCCGCCCGCGCCGAGCGCGUGCUCACCGACAUUAAGGCCGACCUCCGAGAUGCGGACGGAUCCAGCGGGCACAGGACGCCGUCGCCCAGGACCUCGAUGGAUCGGCAGGUCGACGCCGAAGCGGCCGCCUCCGCCUCGGGUCAGGCGCCGGACGUGAAGCCUCCGCCUGAUGAGGUCCCUGAAGUAAUCCCCUCAGCAGACGAGGAGGGCUUGAAGAUAGAAGCCGGGUCAACUUCUUCAUCUAACCUGUCCUUUCCUCCAGCUUCAAUAGUUAAACAGUUGAUUGCAGCCAUUGAAGAUGGAAAAAGAUUCAGUUCAAUGAAUGAUAUGAAGUUCAAUGGUGACCAAUAUCUGAAAGAGAAGGGUGGCUUGAGCUUGUCUGUUGUUAAGUCACUUGUUCGCCGUGAAAAGGAGGAAAGAUCUAGUUCUGAAUUUUUUGGUGACGACGAAACAAAAUCCUUGAUGUACUCGUUGUUCAAAUUUGCGGAAGAGUGCCCCCACGACGAAAGUCAGUGUGCCCCAGAAUUACUUCAUUCAGCAUCUUUGUCCAGGGAUAUCCAUGGUGCACCACCUGGAAGCUUUGUUCAUCACUUGGGAGAGAUUAUUGGCAGCAUUAGUUCUGUGCACAAGAUGGCAUUUUUUUGGCAAUCUGUAAUUGUUGAGUUGAAGAAACUAUGGUCUGAUGAGCAACCAGUGCCUCGAAUGUCAUUAAAUGCUGCCCCGGACUUGAAUUGCUGUUUACUAUAUCAGGAGAUACAAGUUAUAAAUUGCUGCAUUGCCAGGAAAAAACGAAGAAAAGCAGCAAAGGAGACACUUGAUUCCUUGCUAAAACAGGAAUGUAUUGAUAACUCAAAUCCCAGGUAUUCAAAUGGAGAUUCUCGUGAUAGUGGGAUUUACGCAAGCAAUAGCAGUGGUGAUCAUGUUCUUCGGCUUGGUGUUGACUGUGCAUCCGGGAACUUAACACUGUUAGAAACUGGUGAGCCUGUAUAUUCUCCUAUUCUGCAGGAAGGCCCUAUUAUGACAGCAGAGCUCAUAAAAGAAACAGAGGAACUUGUCUUACGGACAGGAAGUGUUGGUGCUGGCUGUUCUCAGCUUUUAUCAGAUAUGCAGGCGUUCAAGGCUGCAAACCCGGGAUGUGUCCUUGAAGAUUUCAUUAGGUGGCACUCUCCACCUGACUGGUCUGAAGAUUGUGCAGCAAGCAAUGCAACAGUAGGGGAGGGCUCAUCUAGACGUGGCCGGCUAAGUGACAGAAUGCAAACAAAAGAAGGAAAUUUGUGGAAGGAAUUGUGGGAAGCAGCAAAACCUAUACCUGCUGUUGAACAAACUCCGCUAUAUGAUGAAGAUUUAGCUGUGGAGAGCAUAUUUGGUGCCUUGGAAGUUAUUGAACCAGCAAAACUGUUUCAGCAGCUACUCUCAGUCAUUCUUUCUGUAUGCUUCGUAGCAGCUGAAUCAGUGCUAUCAGCAGACAGUAAUCUGUCAAAAUUAUUCUACGAUUGUAAAGACUACAUCAUUGGCAUUUACCAAGAUGACAUGUCAAAAGAAAAGCUGGAUGAGAUCUGCAAGGUUUACGAGACGAUGGAGGCCAUAGUAACCCAUCCUGAAGACGCUCUUCAGAUCACGGAGCAACCUGACGAGAAGUCUGCCGAGAAUAAGAACCGCUUCAAGCUCAAGCUGAAUUUCACCGGCAAAGAUCGCCAGUCUCUGUGGAAGCGUGUAGCCAAGGAUGAGAAGAAAACAUCGCCAAAUGAUGAGAAAAAAUCACCGGAAGAAAAGAAUACAAAUUUUUUCUCGAACCUUCGCGAGAGGAAGGCCGCCCUAUUUUCGAAAAAGAACACAAAAGCUUCAGAGUUGCCAUCGGCGCCCCCACCAUCAGCGUUGGGUCCAUUUGACGAGAGCGAAUGGACGAUUUUGUAGCUGAGACUCAAGGAUGUUUCCUUUUGUACAACUUGUAAAGAAGGUGCCCCAAGCUGUAAAUACUCAUCCAAUAUAUUGAACACUUUGCAAUAAACCUGAAAAAAAAUAAACGGUUUUGCUAUUUCUCAUGUA